UGGGUGUGGUUUAACUAGCAGCAAGUUCAGGAGCUGACGCCAAUCCUCUCUGCUUCAUUGUAACUCAUUCAUCAUCAGCGAGUUCGGGCAGGAAUUCAGCCUUCGCACCAACAGCCUUGUGGUUGGAGGGAUCGCAGAGCACCGAGGAAGUCUGAGCAUGAAGCACAAAUGGAAGGGAAUCUUAGUGGCAGUGGUGCUGGUGGUGAUCCUCGCCGUAUCACUGGGCCUGUACUUUGGGUUGAGGCCCCAGGAGUUGGCGGCCCAUUCCUAUGCCAGAGCUGCUGUCGCCACGGAUGCAGCAAAGUGUUCUGAGGUUGGCAGGGACUUCCUGCAGCAGGGAGCAUCUGCAGUCGACGCUGCCAUCGCCUGCAUGCUCUGCAACGGGCUCUUCAACGCACACAGCAUGGGGAUUGGGGGAGGCUUCUACAUGACCAUCUACGACGCACAGACAGGAAAAGUAGAUAUAAUUGAUUCCAGAGAAGUGGCCCCAGGAAAUGCAUCGAGAGAUAUGUUUGUUAAUAAGACAGAUGACCUGCUUCGUAAAGGAGGAUUGUCCAUAGCUGUCCCCGGUGAAAUCAGAGGAUACCAACUCGCUCACCAACGGCACGGGAAGUUACCAUGGAAACGGUUAUUUGAGCCAAGUAUCAAACUUGCCAGAGAAGGGUUCCCCAUCGGCCGAGCUCUUGCGGCAGCCAUAAAGGUGAAGAAGGAGAACAUUGAGAAAGACCGGUCCUUAUGUGAGGUGUUCUGUAACUCGCAGGGCACCAUCCUCCAGGAACACGACAUCAUCCGAUUCCCAAAACUGGCUGCAACCUAUCAGGUGCUGGCGGAGGAAGGAGCCGACGCGUUUUACGACGGAUCUCUGUCCGGGCAGAUCGUGUCCGACAUCAGGAGUGCAGGUGGCAUCGUCACUCGGGAGGACCUGAGGGCCUACACAGCUCGGCUCAUCGACAACCCGGUGAAGCUGUCUUUCGGCGACCACACGCUGGUGGUACCCGGCCCUCCCUCCAGUGGGCCGGUGCUUGGAUUAAUUCUCAACAUCCUGAAGGGUUAUAAUUUCACCUCGGACAGUGUUUCCACACCGGAACGGAAAGCCCUGACUUAUCACCGAAUUAUUGAAGCCUUUAAGUUUGCGUAUGCGAAGAGGAGCAUGCUCGGAGAUCCUCGAUUCGUUAACCUCACCGGGCUCAUCUCCAACAUGACCUCAGACUACUUUGCAGAGAAGCUUUGGGCUAAGAUCACAGACAACACCACGCAUUCCAUCAGAUACUACGAGCCGGAAUUCUACACCAGUGACCCCCACGGCACGGCGCACAUCUCGCUGGUAGCGGAGGACGGCAGCGCCGUGUCGGUGACCAGCACCAUCAACAUGUACUUUGGAUCAAACGUGAGGUCCUUCACCAACGGCAUCAUCUUCAACGAUGAAAUGGAUGACUUCUCCUCCCCAGGCAUCGUGAAUGGUUUUGGUGUUCCACCUUCCGCAGCCAACCUCAUCGAACCAGGCAAGACACCCCUCUCCUCCAUGUGUCCGUCCAUAAUACUUGACAAAGACAACUCUGUGAAGAUGGUGGUGGGAGCCUCUGGAGGAACUAAGAUCACCACGGCAACUGCUCUGGUGAUAAUAAACACACUGUGGUUUAAUUACAACUUGAAGCAAGCUGUGGAUGGGCCCAGAUUUCACAAUCAACUGUUCCCCAAUGUGACCGAGGUUGAGGAAGCAGUAGAGCAGGGUGUGCAGCAGGGUCUGACGGAGAGACACCACACUCUGAGUGUCAUCACCAAGCCCACGUCCGGAGGGGUGGUCCAGGCCAUCAUGCGCAGCCGAGGCCGAUGGGAUGCCGUGUCGGACUAUCGGAAAGGGGGACAACCGGCAGGUUACUGAAGAGUCCGCUCAGUUGGCCAACCCUGAUUGGUUGGUCCCUACAGUUCCAUGCACAGCUGGAGGGGUGGGACUGGCGGGAUCCAAACUGCGUCAAUCCAAUCAGUAAACGAAUGCUUCAACCCAACGUUCUGUACAAACUCCACCCUCCACCUGCCUCGAUCCGUUCUGCAGACGCACGGCCAGUUACUGGCAACCUUGCAGGCGCACCAGUCUGCACCUUUUUUCAACUAUUUUUACUGCCACCUGCUCUCAAGAUGCCUGGAGUUGGAGGGGAACCAGCCCCAGCGACGUGAAUCGUGCUUUCAGCUCAGACAUGCGGCCAGACGGGGGGGGGGGGGGGG